AUAACAACAAAAAAUACGCGCAAAAACAAUAUGGACAUAACCUCAAAAUUUCCAGCUGAUAUCGUUUAAAAAAUUUCCGCAAGAGGGCUACGGUUUCUAUGGAAAAAUGAGGUUAUGUGUUUGUGAUUUUUUGUUUGAUGGGCAAUUCUACGGAAGAAGAAGUUUAUGAGUGAAUUAGUGGAGGAAAGCAGCUAAAAUUUGUGUUUAUCAGUAUUGCAGAUUGUUCUGCAGAGUGUACUUUGUGUGAAAAUCACAGAAAGAAAAUGUAUUUCGAAGUGGUUGAUCCUGUUCAUGGGAUUUUACGAUUCCCUCCCUUUGUCCGGGACAUUGUGGACACUUUGGAGUUUCAGCGCCUCAGGAAUAUCAAGCAGUUGGGGCACACGUCGAGUGUCUAUCCAGGUGUCAAUCAUACACGCUUCGAGCACUGCCUUGGAGUGGCACAUCUUGUGCAACAUUUCAUCGGAAUACUCGAAAGGAACUCAGGGAAGUGUAUCGAUGAGUCAUUGAAAAAAUACACAAUGAUUGCUGGACUGCUUCAUGAUCUUGGGCAUGGCCCAUAUUCUCAUAUGUGGGAAAAAUUUGUCCACACCGGAAGUGAUAAGAGUUGGAAGCACGAAGAAACUUCCUGUGUCCUGGUUGGGAGGAUUUUCGAGAAGAUCCCUCUCAGUGAAUGCUCAAAGGAACACAAUCGUGGUGUUCUGCUCAUCAAGUCACUCAUUCUCGGUGACGAAAAGAUGCUGAGGAAGGAACUUCCCAAGGAAGAUAUGUUCCUUUCAGAGAUUGUCAGCAAUCCCUUCUGCGAAGUUGAUGUUGAUAAGUGGGACUACAUCAUGAGGGACUCAUUCUACUUAAAAAAUGCCAUUGAUAUUCCACACGAUUUCUUCAAAUUGUUCCAAGGAGCAAAAAUAUCCUUUGAUAAAGAAGGAGUCUCGCACAUUUCUUACCACAUCGAUGAUUUGAGCAAUAUAUUGCGACUUUUUGAGACAAGGUCCAAGCUUCAUCGUGAAGUGUAUCAGAUGCCUUUUGUUGCUCUCAUGGAGAUUCUCGUGAAGGAUAUUCUGGUGUCAGCUGAAGCCAAUGGCUUUACUUUGGAGGGAGUUAAACUCUCAGAAGCCCACCAGUAUCCGGAGAUUUUUAUCAUGCUGGAUGAUUCGAUAAUUCGGGUCAUUCAGCUGGAUGGAAGUCCAAAGUUGCGAGGUACAAAGGAGCUCAUUGCUCAGAUGCACGAGCGGAAGCUCUACCAAAGAAUAUCUCACGAAGGUGGAGAUAUCGUCAAUGGCCAUGAUAUACCUGGCUUGAUAAUUCAGAGAAUCGAUCUGCCUAAGAUACCUAAAAAUUUGCCCGUUCACAUUGACAAUGUGGGCAAUUUCUUCCAACCGUUCUUGGAGGAACGUUCAAUCCUGACCAAAACCAUUGAGUACAAAGUGGAGAAGAACUGAGAGAGGUAGGAGGAGAAAUGUAAGUUUUCCACAAUGAAGUGAAAAAAAAUCAUACAAAGAAAAAUAUGUUUAUUUUAUUUACUAAUUAUUAUUUGAGAGCGUUUAUUUUUUAUUUAUAUUAUCACGAUGUUUUUAUAAAUGUUUCACACAUAAUGACAACAAAAAAAGGAAAAAAUGUGUGUUGUAUCUAUGAGAUAAUUUAAUAAUUACCUAAAAGGACGAAGUGAGUUUUUAAUUCAAAAAACGUGAAUUAAAUAACAUGUAGAAAAUUGUUUUUUUACAAUUGUGAUUUUUUUUUAGUCUUUCUCAAGAUAAAGAAACAACAAAAAUGCGAAAAUUUUAAAAGAUAGCACAGAUUAUUCUUAUAAGAGAAAUCUAAUGAAACAAAAAACAAAUAAAAUGAAGUAUUCAGAAGAUAUUCUUUUUGUAUUUGAAAAAAAGGACAAAUAAAAUGAACUAUCGAAGAGAA